AUGUUUGUCUUUUUAUUACUAAUUUUUUGUUUUUCCGAUGUUUCCGCGCAGCAACAAAGAUUUUUGAAUAUUUCGAGUAGAUAUCCGUAUAUUUGUGGAAGUGAUCCUUAUCGAUUUUAUUCAGAGUUUCGUGAGUGAAAGUUUUGAAAUUCACUGAACAAUUUUUUAAUUGAAGCCUGCUACUUGUAUCCGAUAUGCAUCAAUGGUGGAUUUCAAUUAAAUGUUGGAUGUUCUCAAGAUUAUCAAUGUACUCCAUACAGCGUUGAUGCUGUAUGUGUCAGUAAGUCACCGGAUUCUAUGUAGAUUUGAAGCCCAUAAUUUUCCUUCUCUCAGAUCAAUGUUGCUGCACAGUUCCGAAAUUCGUCGGAAGUGUUCAAACCACAACAACUCGCCGAUUUUUUGACAAUCUAUCAGCACAAUCAAAUUCCCUUAUGAUUAUCUUUCUAGCAAUAAUUUUCAAUCGAGUUCAGUGA